GACUGAACCCAGAAGGAGCCGAUAGAGGGGAAAAAAAAAAGAAAAGGAAAACUCCAAACUUUAUCUCGGCUCUCUAAUUAUGCGCGCAUUCACCCACGAAUCGGACGGAAUCAUCCCUUGAUUCGGACAUGGUGUUCAACGGCGCGAUUGUGAUGUCCGUAGCCCACUUCUCGGCGGAGGUUUGGCAGCGGUUGCGGCGGAUUCCACCGCCGGAGCAAAUCAGCAGCGGCGAUAUGCUCGAACUCGUCUGCUGCUUCCCUCUCCGGCAACUGGGUCGACUCGCUUCGUGGUUCUGGACUUAUCUCUGUGUUCCUCCGCCAGAUCCGUUCGAUUAUUAUGACGAGGACGAUGAAGACGAUGAUCGAGGUUAUGUUAAUCAUGGGCCAUCGUCUUCUUCCUCGUCUUACGUUGGUACAUAUCAGACUUACUACCACCUUCAUUUGGAUUGACUGGAUUUUGCCUUUUCUUGUAAAGUUCUCUUCUUUCGGAAUGACCAUUCUUCUCCCACUGUCUGUAUAGAAGAAAUUUGAUGUUUUUUUGGGUAUUGGGUUUGCAGAGAAUCGGCCGAUUGGCGAUUGCAAAUGCCAUAUAGUCCAUUCCAUUUCAUAAAUUUGAGAUUUUUGUUUAUCAAUUAGUUCCACGUGUUGGUCAGUUGAUUCACUCAUGCGUAAUAGAAAAUUGCCGCUUGUUUCUU